UUAGCCCCGUUUCCCCCGGUGUUUAUACGUUAGCAUAGAUAAUGUAUUCAGAGGAGAGUUUGAGAGAAUUCGUCACAGAGAGACUAACGGCCGCCGCUGAGGACAUUUUUGUAGUUUUUAAGAGAACUGUCGUCGAAUAUGAAGAGAAGCUCGCGCGUCAACGUAAACUGCUCGAUAGCGUUUUGAAACCUCAAGAAACUGUACAGACCAAGGAUGUAGCGCAGCAUGUCAUGUGUAAGGAGGAAGUUCAGGUUGAUCAGCAGCUCUGUAACCAAGAGACGAACUCCAGUCUAGACCAAGAAGAGCCAGAGCCUCCACAGGUUAAAGAGGAACCAGAGGAACCCUGCAGCAGCCAGGAUAUUAAGAAGGUGGUACUGAAGGAGGAGACUGACACGUUCAUGUGGACUCCUAAUGAAGAAAGUGACCACAGUGAACCAGAACAACUGUACUUUACUCACAAUGCUUACGUUGCUGAGGAUAAAGAUCCAACAGGAAGCGGUAACAGAGACUCAGAAUCAACUAGAAACUCGGAAAACCAGCAGUCCAGCGUAAUACAUCACAACACUGAUUUAUCAGGAAAUCCCUUUUACGCUUUUCAAGUUCAGCAGUUUUUUACAUGUGAGACUUGUGGUGAAGAUUUUAAAAACAUGUCAACAUUACGCACACAUCAGCGUGUCCACACCGGUAAAAAAACACAUUCUUGCAAUAUUUGUGGUAAAAUCUUCAGCUGGAAGUCGAUGCUGACGGUGCAUUUAAGAUGUCACACAGGUGAGAAGCCGUUUUCUUGUAAAAUAUGUGGCAGAGGAUUCAGUCAGAUAUCAGACUUGAAAAAGCACAACAUAAAACAUACAGGUAAAAAGCUUUUUACCUGUGCAACAUGCGGCCACGCCUUUGGAUCUAAAUCCGACCUCACGCUUCACGUGAGAACGCACACGGGUGAGAAGCCUUACUCUUGCAGCACCUGUGGGAAAAGCUUCUCUCAGCAGUCAAGCCUGAAUUCUCACAACAGAAUUCAUACAGAUGACAGGCCGUUUACAUGCAGAACAUGCGGAAAAACAUUCAGAAUAAGCAGCGAGCUGAAAAAGCAUGUAGAAAGGGUCCACUUAGGGGAGAGGCCGCACUCCUGCAGCAUCUGUGGGAAAGGGUUCUAUCUAAAGUCAGAGUUAACAACGCACAUGCAGACUCAUUCAAGUGAAAAGCCGUACUCCUGUGAUAUUUGUGGGGCAUCAUUCUCGGUGAAAUCUUACUUGGAUAAGCACUUAAAAUUAACAAAGUGUUCUCUUGCUACACAUGUGCCAACUGUAUUUCUGGACGUUUUAACGACACCAACGAUGUCUGAAGGGGAUAGUUUGAGAGGACUGAUCACAGAGAGACUAACGGCUGCUGCUGAAGACAUAUUUCUGCUUUUUAAAAGCACUAUCGUGAAGUACCAGGAGGAGCUCGAGCGUCAACGGAAACAGUUGGAAAUCUUGAACCCUGCAGUCUGUUUACGCAGAAAAGAUGUCCUGCAGGAACUUGUGCGUGAAGAAGAGGAGGUUCUGUCUGACCAGGAGAAGAACUCCAGACCGGACCAAGAGGAGGCAGAGCCUCCACAGAUUAAAGAGGAGCCAGAGGAACCCUGCAGCAUUCAGGAGGGAGAGCAGCUUGAACUGAAGGAGGAGGCUGACUGGUUCAUGUUCACCCUCAAUCAUGAGGAAAGUGAACAGAGUGAACCAGAGCUACAGCAGGAACUCCAGCUUCUAUCUUCAAACUCUCAUUUCGCUGAGGAUCAAGAUCCUACAGGAAGCCAGCACAGAGACUCAGAACCCAAUACACCCUACAUAAUUCACCAAAGCAGUCACGACACUGACAUGUCAGAGAAUCAGUCUGAUCCUUUUCAAGAUCAACAGUCUUUUAAAUGUGACACCUGUGGUGAAAGUUUUAAGAACAAGACAGCUUUACAGACACAUCAGCGAUUCCACAGUGGUAAAGAAACACAUUCUUGCAAGAUCUGUGGGAAAAUGUUCAAGUGGCAGUCGAUGCUGACGGCUCAUUUGAGAAGUCACACAGGCGAGAGGCCGUAUUCUUGCACAACCUGUGGAAAAGGAUUCUUUUACAUAUCAGGCUUGAAAAAGCACAACAUGAUACAUACAGGUGAGAAGCCUUUUACUUGUACAACAUGCGGCAAAUCUUUCAUACAACAUCAAGACUUGAAAGCUCACAUACGUACACACACAGGUGAGAGACCUUUUACUUGUACAACAUGCGGCAAAACUUUCACACAACAUCAAGACUUGAAAGUCCACAUACGUACACAUACAGGUGAGAGGCCUUACUCCUGCAGCACCUGUGGAAAAAGAUUCUCUCAUCCAAAAACUCUGAGUGAUCACAUCAGAACUCAUACAGAUGACAGGCCUUCCAGUUGCAAUACGUGUGGCAAAAGUUUUAGAAACAGUAGUGACCUGAAAAAACAUGUUGAAAGGGUCCACUUAGGUAAGAAGCCUCACUCAUGCAGCACCUGUGGAAAAGGAUUCUAUUCAAAGGCAGAGUUAACAAGGCAUAUGCAGAGUCAUUUAAGUGAAAAUUGAUAGUCCUGUUGUGGCUGUGGGGCAUCAUACACACUUAAACAAAAUUUAAUUGGGCACACAAUAUCGAAAAGAUGCUUGAUGAGAGCGACAGGAAAAUCUUCAGUUGUUUGACUGAAUUAGCAAUCUUGUAUAAAUGUGAAUGCAGUAGGGAUUGUUUGCUAGCCACCAUUUAAAAACAAGAAAAGAUGGGAAGAAUUGAUUUGCAUCUCCACUGUAAGAGAGAAUCUUGACUUUCAUUGUAUUAAAUGCUCUGGUUUGUAUGGGUUGUAGAUGUGUAGGCCAAUCUGUAUUGACCAGUCGUCUUUCAGCAGUGUUUGGUGUAACAGCAAGGUUAUAAUAGUUUUGGAUUUUUCAAUUGUUUUUUUAUUAUUUCUUUUUUAAUUUCAGUUUAGUUUUUACUGCUGUUUUUUUAGUUUUGUUUUUAUUUAGCAAAAAUGCUUCAUUUCACUUUCAUUUUUAUUAGUUUUAGUGUUAGUUUUUUCAGAUACGUCAGGGCUGAGGGAACGUCAUUCAUUUUUAAAAACAUGUUCAAACAGGCUACUCUUCACUUGUCAUUUAAUUUGUUUAAAGCUGAUGUUUGAAUACAACUCCAGACAUAAAACUGCCACUGUAUGAAGUCUUA